AGAAGUGGACAAGGCCAAGAAGACACCAUUGGGAAAUGGGAGUGGUUCGAUAGCAUGGCGUUUUUGAGCGACCACGUCAAGCAGCGAAAAACUACAAACAGCAGCCUGACAAAAGUUAGCAACAACAACAAUGGUACCGAAGAGGGCACGGACGCAGAAUUAGCGGGCAACAAAGAAGAUGAAAAUGAAGACAGAAGCUUAUUGCCUCCCUGUUCAUCAUUGUCUGGGGAAAACCAUCAAACACCAAGGGCGAGUAUGAAGCGGAAACAGUGCCAGGGAAAGGACUCCAGCAUCGAACUUGAGAUGCUGAAGACUUUGAAAGACCUUGACAAACCACAACAGGACGAUGAAGAUGACAUUUUUUGCAAAGCCGUCGCAUGUGAAUUAAGGAAAGUAAAUGAUACUCAAGAGAAGCAGAAGAGGAAGGCAAAAAUUUAUUUAAUUGCUACAGGCAUUGAAUUGUAAUACAUAGUUUCUUAAUAAUAAUAGUUCAUAAUU